GCCAGCGACUUCAUUCCUCGUCCGACAAAAGUUUCGAACUUUCCGACGGCGUUCUGGAAUCGCAUGUGAAUUUAUAGGAUGCUGUUCUGUUGUUUUAUUACUGAAACAUUAACGGUAUAGUGCGUACGGAUUUGUGAACUGCCAUUGUUGAGGAAAAUAUUAUUUUUGGAGAAAUGAAAAGAAACUAAAUGGAAGGCAGUCGAAGGCAUCUGCACACAAACGACACUGGUUGGUGAUUCAAAACAUGAUACAGUACUAAGAUGAGCGGGAAACGAGGGCCGUGCAAGAGCUUCGCCAUCAGCAUCAUACAGAUUAUCACCAUUAUAUGCCAAGUGUUAACAGAAGAGCCCCGUUUUGCCGAGCCGAUACCCAACGUCACAGUUGCACUUGGCAGAGAUGCCAGCCUCCCGUGUGUGGUCGAGCACCUUGGCACAUAUAAGGUGGCGUGGAUCCACAUCGAUCGUCAGAUGAUCCUGACGAUCCACAGGCACGUGAUCACGCGGCUGGCCAGGUUCAGCGUGUCGCACGACAACGCAAUGACUUGGCUGCUCCACGUCAGCCAAGUGCAGCAAGAAGACCGCGGGUAUUAUAUGUGCCAAGUGAACACCAAUCCAAUGAUUAGCCAAGUUGGAUAUCUACAGGUUGUUGUACCUCCAAAUAUCCUAGAUGAAGAGAGCACCCAAUCAGCGGUAGCGGUCCGCGAGAAUCAGAACAUCAGCCUGGUGUGUAAAGCGGAUGGUUUCCCAGCACCCAAGAUUAUGUGGAGAAGAGAGGAUGGACAACCCAUAUCUGUUGACAGAAGGAAGAAAGUGACCGUGUACGAGGGAGAUACACUGAGCUUGCAGCGCAUCAGCCGCACCGAGAUGGGAGCGUACCUGUGCAUUGCCACUAAUGCUGUCCCCCCAUCUGUAUCUAAGAGGAUCAUCGUUGAUGUUGAAUUUUCACCAAUGAUCUGGGUGCCGAAUCAGUUAGUGGGCGCACCAGCCGGGACGGAUGUUACAGUGGACUGUCACACCGAGGCACACCCACGUGCGAUCUCGUAUUGGGUUUACGACAAUGUGAUGGUCCUACCGACUAGGAAAUAUGCUAUUAACACUGAAGAGAAUUCUUACAGAGCACACAUGAAGCUCACCGUGAGAAACCUGCAAACUGGCGACUUUGGUAACUAUAGGUGCAUCUCUAAAAACUCCCUCGGGGAAACAGAGGGAUCUAUAAGACUUUAUGAAAUCCCAAUGCCGUCUACAUCACCAAAGGCCACGGAAAUGAAGAGUAACGCUAAUAAAGAAAGCGCUCGCCGGGCGAAUGUUAGUCGCGCAGUGCAGCGCUCAGAGCCCAGCGCUGGGACUGAGAGGCCCAGCGUGGUCCGAGCGCAGCUCGACCGCGCGCCUGAGAGAGACGCCGCGCACCACGUGUACCGACAGCCGCACCCGCACCACGUCUCAGGUGCAAAACAAGUCCACUGUUGGCGGCAGUCCUUCCUGGCUAUCAUCGUGCUAUUUCAAAUGGAUCUUAUAGUUUGAUUUUAUUUAUAAACCUGAAUAUUUGUUAUUGCAUUAUUUGACUUCUAUAAUAAUUAUAAAUAUAUAACAAUUUCGUGAAUUGUCACACACAACACAGACAUCAGGCUUGGAUCGAUGAAAAAAUUGUUAAAUUUACAUUUGUUAAAAAGUCCAUUGGCAUAUUUUUUUUUUUAUUGGAUUGCUUGGGCUAUUGUCAGAUGUGUAGCACCUGUAGCACUGCGACCUACAUAGAUCUAUUGUGCUCGCCCUUUUCAGAGUUCGCUACCUAGACCC